UGAAGAGGUGUGGAAUUCAACUCCCCAAGAUGAUCCCCAAAAGAUGAACUGAACAGAUUAUAUGCUGCUCUCUAGUGGCCACAAUAGGUUGCGUACAAGAAAGAAAACAGAUAUAGGAAUUAUCUUUUACAGCUGGUUUUGUCCCAAUGUUACUGACAAUUGAAAUUUGCAUAGUUCAGAGAAGAGUUUAAACCAGGGGUGAAAUGCUCCUGGUUCGGACCGCAUCGCCCGAUCUGGUAGCAGUGUUGGCCAGUGGUUCGGAGAACCAAUAGCAAUCAUGGUGCAAGGCUUCGCCCAGCUGUCGUUACUUCCUGGUUUUAAUCCGGAAGUAAUGUGUUUUGUUCCCUCUACACAUGCGCAGAAAGGUUUUGCACUUGCGCAGAGGCUGUGCGCAUGCACUUCCGAACCGGUAAGGAAGAGUUCGGGGCAGAGUAAAAUGUAUUCCUUCCUCAGACGACUUGAGGACCAGUGGCAUGUUGGAGAUCUUAAGCACUACAUGAUGUUUGUCAACUUGUUGAAUUUAAUGAGUUGAAGAAACUGUUGGAGCAUUGCUUUGAUCAAUAUUUGUUAGUGAAGCACUUUAAAGGCGAUGUCAACUACUCUUUCAGUGCUGCAGGAGGAGCUGGGGUCUGUUGACGAUGAACUGCAGGCACUGGAAAUCCAGAUUCAAGAACUUCUUGAACAUCAGCAACAACUCAUUCAAAAGAAGACCACCUUGAAGAAGAAAAUAAGACAGUUUUCCGACACGGAAAGCGGGAGCAGCAAAGAGACUGAAUCAGCAACUGAGGACUGGAACAAAGAAGACUUUCCGUGGUCCGCAAAGAUUAGGGAUGUGUUACAGAAGAGCUUUGGCCUCCAGAAAUUUAGGCCCUUGCAGCUGGAGGCAAUUAAUGCAACAAUGGCAGGUCAAGAUGUAUUCCUUGUCAUGCCUACUGGAGGGGGAAAGAGCCUGUGUUAUCAGUUGCCAGCAGAAGGUUCUCAGGGCUUCACCCUUGUGAUCUGUCCUCUCAUCUCCCUCAUGGAGGAUCAGCUAAUGAUGUUGGAGCAGCUGGGUAUAUCAGCAACUUUACUGAAUGCUUCCAGCAGCAAGGAACAUGUGAAGUGGGUUCAUGCCGAAAUGCUGUCUCGCAACUCGCAACUGAAGCUUCUUUAUGUGACUCCAGAGAAGAUAGCGAAAAGCAAGAUGUUUAUGUCAAGGCUAGAAAAAGCUUACCAAACAGGACAGCUGACCCGGAUUGCCGUAGACGAAGUCCAUUGCUGUAGCCAAUGGGGGCAUGACUUCAGACCUGAUUACAAGUUGCUUGGGAUCUUAAAACGGCAGUUUCCCAAUGCUCCGUUGAUUGGACUGACUGCCACUGCGACCGGACAUGUGUUGCGUGAUGCGCAGAACAUUCUCUGCGUGCCCAAAUGCAUCACCUUCACAGCAUCCUUCAACCGACCCAAUCUCUAUUACGAGGUUCGUCAGAAGCCAUCAUCUGCUCAGAAUUGCAUGGAGGAUAUUGUGAAGCUCAUCAAUGGAAGAUACAAAGGCCUUUCAGGAAUCAUCUACUGCUUUUCCCAGAAAGAUGCUGAGCAAGUGACGAUGAGUUUACAAAAACUGGGGAUGAAAGCAGGUACCUACCACGCCAAUAUGGAGCCCAGAGAUAAGAGCAGAGUUCACAAGCGGUGGUGUGCCAACGAAAUCCAGGUUGUAGUGGCCACUGUUGCUUUCGGCAUGGGAAUCGAUAAGCCGGACGUGAGGUUUGUCAUACAUCAUUCCAUGAGUAAAUCCAUGGAAAAUUACUACCAAGAGAGCGGACGUGCAGGUCGGGAUGACCAGAGAGCUGACUGCAUCUUAUAUUAUGGCUUUGGUGACAUAUUCAGAAUCAGCACGAUGGUCGUGAUGGAAAAUGUGGGACAACAGAAACUAUAUGGGAUGGUUUCCUACUGUCACGAUAUGGGGAGAUGCCGCCGAGUCCAGAUCGCUCAUCACUUUGACGAGGCCUGGGAUUCUGCCAGUUGUAAUAAAAUGUGCGAUAACUGCUGCCAAGAAGAGACGUUGGAGAAGAUGGAUGUGACGGAGCACUGCAGGGAACUCGUCAAGAUUUUAAAGCAAGUGGACCAAAUGAAGCAGAAAUUCACUCCUCUGAAGUUGAUCGAUGCUUGGCUGGGGAAGGGUCUAUCAAAACUGGGAUUGGAGAUUGCUGCUCCCAAACUUCCCCGGGAGAUAUUGGAGAGAAUCCUUGCCCAUUUGAUUCUGCAGCAGUAUCUGAAGGAAGACUUCAGCUUUACAGCCUUUGCCACAAUCUCCUAUGUGAAGAUAGGACCCAGAGCUAACCUUCUGAAAGAUAAGGCUCACGUUAUCACUAUGCAAGGGAUACAGGGCAAAAAUAAACUCGCUAAGGGGAAAUGUUCUCAAUUAUCCAGUCCAAGGACCCCAGGAAAGAAAAUGAAGUUUACAUCCCCAAACCAGGAAGGCGACUCUCCUUCAAAAGAUCACGUUAAAGCAAAAAAAGUCAAACUUACGGCUAAUAAAGAGGAAGAUGAGCUUGUGGUCAUAGAUUAAGGACGUUGCUUCUUGGGACAACCUACAGACAUCUUUGCCUGUGGGAAGACAGGCUAGAGAGUCAGAAAAGAAAAAAAAGAAUUUGGUUGCAGAAAACAGGCUGCGUAUUGGUGACUGCUAUCAUCGGCUGCUCCCCUGACUACAAAGCCAUGUUGGUAAAAGAAACUGCUUUCCUUACUGUCAGUUUUUUUAAAAAAAUGCAGAUAUAAAGCCUGUGGUAAUAGAACUGGAGAGUUUGAGGCAAGCGUUAGAGGCUUGGCAUAGAGCAAGGGUCUCCAACCAUGGCAACUUUAAGACUUGCGGACUUCAACUCCCAGAGUUCCUCAGCCAGUUUCGCUGGCUGAGGAACUCUGGGAGUUGAAGUCCACAAGUCUUAAAAGUUGCCAAGGUUGGAGACUCCUGGCAUAGAGGAAAGUAAGCCUGUCUUUAAAAAAAAAAGAAAAAAAGAAAUAGCUUUUCCAGAAGGGAGGCUCCACCUUGGCACGAACUCUUCCAAUUUGCUGCCGAAAUAAAAAUGCCUUGAAAUGCAACUUUUAUACACUCGCUUCUCCUUGAAAAGUCCAGCCUGCCAAGUUUAUUCUGACAUAUCAAAUGUCAAAAGUACCGUAUUUUUCAGAGUAUAAGACACACUUUCCGCCCCUUAAAAGAGACUGAAAAUGUGGGUGCGUCUUAUAUUCCAAAAGUAGCUUUUUUUGAAGCUUUUUUUCAGUCCUCCCGAGGCGUUAGCGAGUGAAGCGAUCUUCAGCGCUUUGCCUGCUUUUCUCAUUGCUGCUCCCUCCAACGAAUCAGCUGUGGUUUAGACCAGGGGUCUCCAACCUUGGUCCCUUUAAGACUUGUGGACUUCAACUCCCAGAGUUCCUCAGCCAGCUUUGGUUGGAAGUCCACAAGUCUUAAAGGGACCAAGCUUGGAGACCCCUGGUUUAGAAGUGGGUUUUUUAUCCCCAGCACACGCUCAAAGCCAGCGAACUAAUGUGCGUAAGCUGACCAGACUAAGGACGCUAGCCAGAUGAAUACCUGGUAGGCAGAAUCCCCCCCCCCUUAUUUUCCUCCCCCGAAACUAAGGUGCAUAUUAUACUCCGAAAAAUACGGUAGUUCCUGAAAGCUGAGAGAUCCAGUGAUUGCGG